AUGCUUGCUAAUCGUGACGAAAAUGUGAGCCCACCAUUGGGUUAUCGGAUGUUAUUGGAAGCGAAACGUCGACAUGAACAACAACAAGGUGGUUUCUACAAGAGUCGCUCAUUUAUUCCGCGGCAAAAGCAAUUCUCGAAGAAGAUUCAAUUUCCCACGUUGAAGAAUGGUCCUCUACUUCAAUUUGUGGUCUAUUAUACUAAUAGAGUUGUUGUUCAAGGAAACAAAGUUGUUUUUCAGCACAGCAGUCCAAAGACGAUCAGACUUAUCGUAAGUUGACAUGGUUAAUAUCGAAAAUGCUUUAUUUUUCUUAUAAAUUAUUAAUUUUUGGUUUCAGCGACUCGCAAAACGAACUCGCGACAUUCUUUUCAAGAGAGUUACCAGUUGCGAGUUCAAGUUGAACAAUUUUGACAAUCAGGAGAUCUACUUCGACAUUACUCGUUAUGAUGGAGAAAGCGUCAGAAUUAGGUAAUAUUUUAUGUUCGUUUGUGUUUUUUUGUUUAGGUUUAUGAAUAGCAGGCCGAGGAGCAAAAUAUUUUGGUUUAAAGUGUUAUAAUUUAAUUUUCUAAGUUACCCAUGGCUUUUCUAGAGUACCUGCACUCGCACCUGAUCUUCUUGGCUUCAAAGACGUAGUAACUCAUCUAAGGUUGCCGUUUGACUUCAUCCACAUUUCAAAGAACAAACGUUUUAAAGGUAAGAGUUUUUUUAGUUUAACUUUGGUUUUUAUAGCUAGCUAUAGCUCUUUGCAUUACACUGGACUAUUUUUGGUAUUUUUUUCGAAUUUCUACCAAUUUUGUCGUUUUUAAGUUUUAUAUUGGGGUUUUUUUUUAAAUUUUAUAACGGUUAUUGGCAUUUUUUUUAAAAUUAAUGUACAAUACAGACUAAACUGUUUUGCUAUCAAAUCACACCAAUAUUUUUUUCAGUUCUGGAUGACAUCAAAACUCAAUUUGACUUCUGUUAUCAUCACAUGCUUGCCAAAUCACGCAGUUUGCAGUCGAUUUCCUGUGACAUCCACACCUUUCAAAACAAUCACCAAGUCAUUUGCGAAUCUGCAGCUAAGAAGUUGACACUUACUUUCGAUAGAAUGCUCGAUUUUCCUGGUUUGGCCAAUUUGGGGUGAGUAGCGUUGAUUUCUUUACGUUAUACAGUGAAGAAAAUUUUACUUUUAUCUACUUUUUGACAUGAUGAAGCCACAUAUUAAUGUGGUACCUUUUUCUAAACUAAACCUUGCAGCAUCUACAACAAGAUCCAAAAGCUGGAGUUGUUCUGUGACAUUAACGAUGUCAUCAAAUACGAUGGAUUGUUCAAACGCAUCUUCCAAUGUAUGAAGGCGUUGAAGAUUGUCUACAUGGAGCCAAGAAUGGAUGUCUUCUCUAGAAUUUCCGAAGCCGACAAAUGGGUCUUUCUGAUUCAAUUCUGCCGAUGUUAUCCUUUCCUCAAGUACAACAUCAGAUUCAACAAACCGAAUGGCAUCGAUUUUUUGAAGAGAAAUCAGUUCAAGAAGAUGGAGACUGGCGAAGACCUGAUCGAAUUCUACAAGCGAAGCAACAUCGAGAUGGUGUUUGAUAUGCGAAAGAUUGGUCCACCUCCAGAAUACUUUGCUUUUCCCACGAUGGACGACUUCUGA